GAUACAAAGUGGAACAGCGCAAAAGAAGAAGAAGAAGAGGAAGAGUGAGGGUAAACACGCAUCAGCUGGCCCGCCGCUCCUCCCGCCGCGCCGCACCUUUUGUGGUGUUGGAAGUGCAGCGAUCAGGGACAUGGCCUCAUUUUAUGAUGAGGAUGAAGCUUACACCAGAGUCCAGCUGUUUCCGCUACACAAUGCCGUUGCAUCAAAAAACUUCAAACAUGUUCAAGAUCUUGUAAAUGACGGCCACGACAUCAAUGAGCAGCACUAUGACCGCGUCACUCCACUACACAUGGCCUGCCUCACCGGGGACCGACAGAUCACCAAGUACCUCCUGGACCGAGGCGCAUGGGUUAAUGCCCAGAGCAUAGACAACAGCACACCCCUGUGUGAUGCCUGUGCAGGGGGCAGUUUGGACUGUGUCAAGCUGCUGCUGACUGGUGGUGCACUGGUCAACCCUCCCUUGCUGCCCGCCACACCCCUGCAUGAAGCAGCCCUCAGAGGCUACACAGACAUCGUUUCACUACUCGUGGCCUCGGGAGCCAAGCUGAAUGUCAAUGAUCUGCACUAUGGCACUCCCCUGCAUGCUGCCUGCUCCAUGACGAUGCCCUCCAUUGCCUGCAUCAGGUUCCUCCUCAAAGCCGGUGCCGGUGUGAAUGCCAUAAAGAACCAUAAGACUCCACUGCAUUACAUUGCCAUGUACAGCAAGAGUGUGGAGGCAGCACAGCUUCUCUUGGCCUAUGGUGCCAAUGUUUACAUGCAGGAUAACAUGGGCAAAACUGCGCGAGAUCUGGCUGGUGCGUCCACAGGAUUAGCCAAGCUGCUGGCAACCCAGGAGAAGUGCCCGCGUCCCCUUGUCCAGUGCUGCCGGCUGGCCAUCAGGUCACACCUCGGUCCCAGCAGACUCCAGCUCAUUAGCCAGCUAGAGGCGCCCUCAAUCUUGAUCGGUUUCUUAGAGUAGUUGAUAGAGUUUUUGUCUGUUUGUCUUUCAGAUUUGUACCAAAUUUUAUGUGGUAUGAUAAUCUUAUAUAAGAAUUAAAGACAUUAGUCUAAUGAGAAAUUUAUUUGCAAGUAAGAAUAUUACAUUUCAUAGUCUAUGUUUUGUACUAUUUUUGUUUAUAUUGUUAAAUUAUGAAAUCAUUUUUAUUUACUGCAACAAAACCUUUUGUUAUUUGUGUUUAUGAAAACACAUUUCUGUUUUUCCUUUUAAGAAAUCUUUAUCAUUAUAUAUGUAUGUGUUUCUUGUAGUCUGUGUUCUAUACUGAAUUAUUUGUCCUGAUAGGAGCAUCUUGUUCUGCUCGCAGAGGAUGUUUCAUGACAGGGGACAACAGUUCAUUUCACUCCUGCCCCACACAGGGAGGCCUUCCCUGACACAGAAGCUGCAUCUUUCCAGAGGAAGAUGGCUUCUCUUACCUCAAUACUGUCUACACAUGAAUAUUUACAAUCAUUUAUAUUUAAGGUCUUUUAGAAUAUAAACCAUUUAUUUAUUGCUGUUACAUUAAACUUACUUCAGUAACCAAUGCAACUUAUACCCUCCAGCUGUACUUGAGCUAAUUUUCUUUAGCUGUGUAAGAAAAUGUUGCUGAAAAUUUUAUUUGAUUGAAGGCAGUCCCUGUAGGUGUCACAGGAACUUUUUGCCUUAUCUAAUAUCUUGGGUUGUUUAUAAAGUUUUGUGUGCAGUGGUUACACUAUUUAUUUGCACAUGCAUUUAAAUCAUUAUGUACAGUUGUUCCCUGAUAGUCACACAUUUGACAUUUGUAAAUUCAUAAACUUGCAGGGUACCCCAUGAACAUUAUUUAUGGACAGCUUGGAUUAUUUUAAGUUACUCUGAAUUUGAAAUGUAUGUUACAGCUUAGUGCUGUAAUUUUUAUUUUCUUAUUACAUUGAUUUUCAGGUAAUAGAAUUAAGUUUUAGGGCAUAUUUGGGGGCUGGAGGAUUCUGUCCUCUCAGGGGUUUGGUGUUCCUACCCUUAGCUAGCAGUCACCCAAUCCCUGAUCUGGUUGACUGGGGUGGAGCCUGCAACUCUUCCUCAUAAAGCCCAAUUCCUGCCCGAUACAAAAUACAAGCAUAGGCUGAGGUCGAGGUUCUGUUUACUACCCUGACCCAGCUGUAUUAGGAGGCCUGACCAAGCAGCAAACUCCCUUAAUGGAUUCAUCUUAGGGGAGUUUGCUGUCUAAAACAGGUGCAGAGCAUAGCCCAUGGGAUCCAAGCACCCUAAAGAAGGAAGUGUUUUUUUUUUUUUUUUUUUUUAACAUUCUGAGCCUCUCCGAGGAUCACUGACUGCCUUACUGAUAGAAUGAGCUUAGAAGACUGAAGAUGGAUAUAGUGUGACUGAGAUAAGGAAGCCUGGCAGUGGGCAGAUCAGUAGGUGGGUAGCUCAGCUGAUUAAGCAUGAACAAUAAUACCAUCUUAGAAAGGUAGCUAUAGGCAUUUUCAGCCAAUAGUAACUGUUUGUUGUUGAGUUUCCUCUUGUUGACAAACAUUAUAGUACAAGUGAGGUUAAGCACACCUUGGGCUUCAUGUCUCUUAUUGCAGUGUACACUUUAACUGAUAUGUAAAACUGAAGAGAUGUUCUGUACCAAACUCAACUCUGUCUUAGACCAGUGCCCCUCCCCUUAGGACACAUUCGUCAUUUUGGGGUAACUUAAAUGUUAGUCCUGGCACUGAGAAAGCUGACAAUGAGUUAAGUGUUAGACCCCCAUGGAUCUGGUACGAGGAACACAUAACAGUUCUCUCCUAGGUCUAAAAGGUUAAGCAUUGCAGGGAGUAGAGCAGCACUACUGGGUGCGGUAUAGCAAUGCCGCAGGAGGAGCUAAGGAUAUUGACCACUUUUGCAUAACUACUUGGAGGAUCCUUCAAAACUUAGGUUUUUCAGAGUGCAGAGUUUUUUGCCACUGAUCAUAGGCUUGUUGUUACUCUCAAGUUUUAUGUCAGGUUAAGAAGAAUCUCAAGAUGUAAUCAUAUUGUGUUUUCUCUAAAGAAACUGAAGGACUUGGCAUGUGCCUAUGAGUAUACAGUGACAGUCAAAUCCCCACAAAUAAACCACCACAAGUUAAUGUGAUGGAUAUGAGCACUGAGGCCACAGGCAGCUUAAUGUAUGCCAACUUUACUUUCUUUGUCAAUGUGCCAAAAAAUAACAUGCUAUCACAGUAGAAUCUCUAUAUCCAAAUGCCCCCUUACUUGAAUGAUCCAAUAUUUGAACAACAUUUUCAAGAAGAAAUUGCCACUAAUAUUCAAACUUUUGCUCCUAUAUCUGAACCCAAACAAAGGUGGCCCAGCAUGUCUGCCCAGACAAACAAUGCAUCACACAGUCAGCUGUUAAUUUCUCUCCACCUGAUGGAUGAUGAUGAUUUAUUUAUUUAUUUUUCAAGAAAAAUAAGUGAGUAUGGCCCCAGUGAAGAGUGGUAAAGUAGUAAAGUGCAGUUAAAUUUUCAUUAAUUACAUGUAUUUAUUGCUUUUACAGUUUUCAUUUAUAAUUUGUCACAUAAUUAUUAUUAUGGAUGUUAAAGUAUCAAUACUUUCACUUUUUCUUUUAAUAAAGGUUACCUGGGGCUUGGAAUGGAUGAAUCCAAUUUACAUUAAUUCCUUUUGGAAAAACUGAUCCGAUAUAGAGUACAGGAAACUGUUUGAAUAUCAAAUUGUUCUUGCACUGGAUAUACAAAAAGGUUUCUGGGUCAGAUUAAGUUUAGAUAUAGUGGUACGGGCUACACAUACCAUUGUAUUUCAGUUGGGCACCAGUACCUAUUACACUUUUCUUUUGUUGCCAACAUAUCAGAACUACUACGACACAUUACCACUCAUGUGAGCACUAUGGUAUGACCACAGAAUGGUUAAUGUAAUUACAAGUUGUUUGACCUUAGUCAAGAUGCAUCAUAGUUGAGUAGUUUGACUGACAUGGAUUUAGUCGCUGUCAUUCGUUGUUGGCUAAGUUGCUGGGCUGAGCUAAAGAUGAACUUUUAACCUGAAUAGUUCAACAAUUAUGAAAAUAAGAAAUUAGCAGGACCCAGUAUAUUCCCGUAGUUGGCUGUAAAUUCCAACCCAGAAUGGAUAUCUUAAACAUAUUGUUUAAACAAAGGUAAAGGUGGGUGCAUCCGCUAUAGCUGCCAUGGCUGCAGUGCUCAUGUCUGAACUGAUUUUUAGAUAUAUUUUUUUAUUUAUUUCACUCAACUGUGUGCACCAUAAAAUGCUAUGAUAUUUUUGCUGUUGCAUCAAAGUAGCCUCAAACAAACAAUAAAUACAUCUAAUUAAUGACAAUUAAACUGCACUUUACUACUUUACCACUCAGCAUCAAAUGCCAAGCCUGUCAGUCAUCAACUUGAUGUGAGUUCUUGACACUGCCAAUGUAGACCCAACCAAUCAUUACAUCCCCAAUAGUGAUGCAGCCCUGAGGCAAUGUGUCAAGUGAUCAGUGAGUCCUUAUUGUUGUUGACGUGUAGGUGUGACCACGUGACGUGUAUUAAGACUUUAGGGCAUGACCGCCUAUGGACCAUUUUGCUUCAAAGUACGAUUUGUGCUCAAACACUGGGUCCCAAUAGACUGACCAUUCACUGGGUCAUCAUUCCUUCGCAGUUAUAUGACUGAGUACCAGAUGGUAGGAAGCACACAACUCUUAGUACUGUCCAGAGGCUUGCAAAAUGGUUGUAAGGACCAUGUUUAAAAUAUAAGUUUUGUAAAAAGAAAAUCUGAAGAAUACUCUUACAGAACAUCACUUGUUUUUGCUUAUAUAUAUGUAAGUGAAAACAGAGUACCCUAUUUGCCAUCAAAAGCAGUGGUUUAGAAUAUACACCAUAAAGUCAUAAAAUAAACUCUGUAAUAAAAGUCUCAAAUAGUAAUA